AUGUGUGGAACAAGGUACAUGACCUUUACGUCUACCAGAGACAGCUGUAAAGGAAAGGGAGGAAAAUACAGAGGGAAACAAUAUGACGGUGGGCCGGAGAAGGAGAUGUUGGUAACUGGUGGCACAGGGCUAAAACUAAGUUACCAUGUGGCGUCACUUGUGACCCUGGUACUUGCUGCAACGGACCCUCCCGCACAGUCGCGUCCCAAACCGCCUCGGACACCUCAUCCUCAACAACGACGUCUCAUCGCAUGCCGUACGACUCGAUGCCCUCCGAGGAGCGCAGAUCUCCCUUCUGCUCCAAUGCACCCGGUCGCUUCUCUGAUCGCCGAUAACGUCGUCAAACACCAGCAGCUCUUCGGCCCGUUGCUGUUCGCUGUCCUCGCGACUGUUGGCAACGUCCAUACCCCAGUUCUACAUUCACUCUUCGUGACUGCAAUAUCUUGGGUUGUGAUAUGGGUUCCCUUGAUCUUCCGCGUUGGAAUAUACUCGAAUAGCAGUACCGAAAGGAGGAGCACAAGCUGGCUAGCUGGCGCUUUUCUCGCCCUGUCUCAGAUCUUCGACAGGGCAGCAUGCGACAAGCAGGGCAUAUGGGUGACGAAGGCCCUGCUACCACUCCUCGUCAUCCUAAUAUCGCAGCACGAGCGAUAUUCCAAGUAUGUUGCGCUGCCAAUCCAUGCAGGCCUUGACAGUCUGGCGGUGGAUACCAAGGCUUUUCCUGAGCAGACUUCUUACAGCAGGUCAUACCCGCUUUUAGCUGCUCUGACCGUGUCUGCAAGCACAGUUCUGGCUCUCUACACCGCGACCACGACGCUGCUGCUAGGUCUGGGCAGCGUCUUUUUUGCAGCCGUUGGAUUCGUGCUCCUCGAAUCUGCCGUAGCAGGUGGAACCGAAGGCAGUAGGAAUGACACCGAAAUUGUUCAUGGAGCUUCAGUACGACGAAUACCCCCAAGUGUCACGCUGAAGCAUCAACAGCUAGCGGUGCUACGUGAUGUAGCUUUGAUCAUGGCUAUUGGCUGUGGCAUUGCUACCUGUGCCAUGGAGCCCGAUGUGUCCUCGACGUCCAUUACAUGGGAGCCUGUGUAUAGCCUGUACAUUAUGGAUUGGAGAGAUGUACAUAAUUACCGUAUUUUGCAGCGCGUUUUGUGGACGCUACCUGUACAUGUCCUAACGAACGUCCUCGCUUUUGUCUUAGUUGUUCAACAAGGCGUCGUAAAUACUUCCCUUCUUUAUCUGUUUGUAUAUCUCUGUGCGAAGCUGUGCUUCGGCGUGUACCUUUCGAGUAUCUGGUUUACCGCGAUAUUUGGGCUAUCGUCAUUAUUAUUCGUCGCUGGAUCAACGUCAAGUACUCUGCUAAUUGAGGUGCGGAACUCACUACGACUCAGGCGUUUCGUUCUUGGUGUUACAGUUCUUUCGCUACUCCUUCUCAUUGUCCAGCAAAAUUUCACCGUCACACAGAGGUACCCUACUGAUGUCGACUCAAAUAUGGCAAUAUCUUUGCCAGAAACUCCGCUUGGGCCGGUACGAAUAGAUCUGUCCAAAGGCCAUCCCGCUGCACAGUUGAUCAAGGCGGCCGAGGCAGACUUUCAACGUACCCUCGAUCGACAAUCAAAAACAUUGGCAGCUGCAGUACAAGAGUACCGUCGCAGGAACGGCAUAGCACCACCCCCACACUUUGACAAGUGGUAUGAAUUUGCUACCCGUAACGGGGUGGUAAUGAUUGAUGAGUUCGACACGGUCAACCAGAUGUUACUCCCCUUCUGGGCUGUCAAACCCGCGACACUGCGAUCGCGCGUUAUGAGAGCAAUCGGCCAUGAGGAGAAUGCUCUGAUUGCGAUCGCGAUUCGACACGGAGCUGUGGAGAAUUUUGAGAAAGGAGACGAGUGGCAACAGCAAGCAACCAUUGGCAUGUUGAAGAACUUUGUGCAAUAUCUACCGGACAUGGAUUUGGGUUUCAACAUGCAUGACGAACCUCGAGUUGUCGUGCCCACGAACCUGCUAUCAGCAAUGAUUGCCAAGGCAAAGGAUGAAGUGCUUCCCAGAGCCGCAAAGAAUCAGGCACCUCGCAAUGCGUUCUCGAAUCGUCCUGCGGAUAUGAACGAUGGAACACGGUUCAUGGAGUCAACCACCACAAAGUUCAAUCGAUUUGCCCAUCAACAAACUUGGACGCACUCUCGACUCUCUUGCGCUAGCGACACUCAGGCACAGACGUUUGAAGACUCAGCGGCUGACAACCUCACAGCCUAUGCGGCCGAUCCACUCAACUACGUCUACAACAUCACGGCCUUCUCCGACAUCUGCAACUCUCCGUCCCUGUCAUCCACCUUUGGCUUCUUUGAACGCCCAAACGCCUUCAGCAUCACGCACGAGCUCACGCCCAUCUUCUCGCAAUCCAAAAUCUCCAGCUUUCAGGACAUUCUCUACCCUAGCCCAUGGUACUGGGCUGGUAAAGUCGGAUAUGAUGAAGAUCACGACACAAACUGGGACAACAAGACCAACAGCCUCUACUGGCGUGGCUCCACAACAGGAGGCUUCAGUCGCAACGGCGGCUGGCGCCGUCAACACCGUCAACACCUGGUCCGCCGUCUCAACGCCCCCGACAAAGCACAAAUACUAAUCCCCACCACCUCUCCCUCUUCGCCCCAAUCCCCAGCCACCAGCUUGCACACCGUCACCGAAAUCGACCGCCAAUCUCUCGCCCACCUCAUCGACGUGAAAUUCUCCCACAUUGGCCAAUGCGACCCGGACGACUGUGCCGCCCAAAAGGAAUUCUUCCACGUCACCGAACGCGUCGACGGCCAGGACGCUUGGUACCACAAACACCUCCUCGACAUGGACGGCAACGCCUUCUCCGGCCGCUUCUACAGCUUCCUCAAGAGCAAAAGUCUGACGUACAAAAUGGCCGUGUUCAGGGAGUGGCAUGCCGAGUGGCUGCGACCGUGGGUUCACUAUAUACCCCUGAGUCUCCGUGCCGACGAGGGCCUCGAUCUCGUGCGCUGGUUUGCGGGCGAGCAGCGUGGUAAAGGGGGAAACGGCGACUCCGAGGGUGAGACCAAGGCGCGGGAGAUUGCGCGCCGUAGUACAGAGUGGCAUGAUCGGGUGCUGAGAAAUGUGGAUAUGGAGGUUUGGCUGUUUCGCUUGUUGUUGGAGUAUGCGAGGGUUGUGGAUGAUGCGAGGGAGGAGAUUGGGUAUUUGGGACCGUAG